UGGCCCUCUCGAGAGUCAUGUGAACUGCUCUGGGAAAACUAGAAAAUCCAGUUGCCAUGUUCUCUUGGUGCCCCCAACACUGGUACUGAAGACCCAGGGUAGAGAGAGUCUAUUUCCACAUCUCUUCUGGUGUUGGAGACGUGGGGUAGCCACAAUGGAGUCUUUGAUGAGCCUCUUCCUCUUCCUGGCCCUCCUCAGCAGCUCACAUGCAGGGCCAAAGGUGACUUUGCAAGUAAAGCUGACCAAGGCUUUCCAGGCCAACGUCUCCCAGGACUCCAGCGCUCUGGACAUGCUCCAAAAGAUCUGCCUCCUCCUCCACCUUCCAUCAGGGACCAAUGUCACCCUUCAUUAUAAAGGGCCGUCACCGCACCACCUCACCUGCAGAGCCUGAGAGCCGCUGACGCCGUGUAGGCCUGAAGCAUUCAGCUUUUGGGGAGUGAGCAUGCCUUGAUCUAGCAGGCCCUUGCCCUGCUGCAGGCUAAUAAACACGUGGAAUAUAGUGAU